AUGGUUGAUCCUUUAGGUGACGCGCAAAGUAAAGUUAAUAAAAUGACACCAAAAAAGAAAAAUGUAUCUGAACAAUAUCAAAAAUUAUCUCAAUUAGAACAUAUCUUAAAGAGACCUGAUACUUAUAUUGGUUCAACUGAACAUCAAGAAUCAAAUCUUUGGAUUUAUGAUGAUCAAACUGAAUCAAUGAUGGAAAAACCUGUUAAAUUAGUUCCUGGUUUAUUUAAAAUUUUUGAUGAAAUUCUUGUUAAUGCUGCUGAUAAUAAAAUACGUGAUCCAUCAAUGAAAAAAAUUGAAGUCACGAUUAAUCCUGAAGAAAAUUUAAUUGAAAUUAAAAAUGAUGGUCGUGGUAUUCCAAUUGAAAUGCAUGAAAAAGAAGGUAUUUAUAUCCCAGAAUUAAUUUUUGGUAAUUUAUUAACUUCAUCAAAUUAUGAUGAUGAUGAAAAAAAAGUUGUUGGUGGUAGAAAUGGUUAUGGUGCUAAAUUAUGUAACAUUUUUUCAACAGAAUUCACAGUGGAAACUGCUGAUAAAAAUACAAUGAAAAUUUAUACUCAAACUUGGAAUAAUAAUAUGACAAAAACAAACAAACCCAAAAUUAAAACUGUUAAAAAACCUCAAGAAUAUACUAAAAUUUCAUUUAAACCUGAUUUAGCUAAAUUUAAUAUGGAAAUUUUGGAUAAUGAUACUCUUGGUGUUUUACGUCGUCGUGUUUAUGAUAUUGCAGGUACUUUAAGAGAUGUUAAUGUUUCAUUAAAUGGUACAACUUUGAAAAUUAGAUCUUUUAAACAAUAUGUUGAAAUGUAUAUCAAGGCAUUAGAAGCCAAGAAAGCUCUUGAAAAUGGUGAACCAUCAUCUGAAGAUUCCAAAAAACCAACAAUUGUUUAUAAAAAAAUUGAAGAUCCAAAAUCAAAAGGUCGUUGGGAAAUUGCAUUUGGUGUUUCUGAUAGUGCUUUUAAUCAAGUUUCAUUUGUAAAUUCCAUUGCAACUACAUCGGGUGGUACUCAUGUUAAUUAUAUUGCUGAUCAAAUUGUUGAUAAAAUUGGUGAUGUUUUAAAGAAAAGACAUAAAAAUUCUACAGUUAAACCAUUCCAAAUAAGAAAUAAUAUGUUUUUAUUUGUUAAUUGUUUGAUUGAAAAUCCUGCAUUCACAUCACAAACCAAGGAACAAAUGAGUACAAGAAGACAACAAUUUGGUUCUGAAAUUAAAGUCCCUGAUGAUUUUAUUAAUCAAGUUUUAAAAACUGAAUUUAUUUCAAAUAUCUUAGAUGCUGCUCAAGCAAAUGCUGAUAAAGCUUUGAGAAAAACUGAUGGUUCCAAGAAAUCAAGAAUUACAAAUUAUUCAAAAUUAGAAGAUGCUAAUAAAGCUGGUACAAGAGAAGGUUAUAAAUGUACAUUAAUCUUGACAGAGGGUGAUUCUGCGUUAUCAUUAGCUGUUGCAGGUCUUGCAGUUGUUGGUAGAGAUUAUUUUGGUUGUUUCCCAUUAAGAGGUAAAAUGCUUAAUGUUCGUGAUGCAAGUAAUGAUCAAAUUACUAAAAAUGCAGAAAUUCAAGCUAUAAAGCAAAUUAUGGGUUUACAACAUAAAAAAAAAUAUGAAGAUUUAAAAUCCCUAAGAUAUGGUCGUAUUAUGAUUAUGACUGAUCAAGAUACUGAUGGUUCACAUAUUAAAGGUUUAAUUAUAAAUUUUUUGGAAACUUCAUUCCCUGGUCUUUUAAAUAUUCCUGGGUUUCUUUUGGAAUUUAUUACACCAAUUGUCAAAGUUAAUAUUACAAAACCAAGAAGAGAAACUUUAGCUUUUUAUAAUAUGCCUGAAUAUGAAUCAUGGAUUGAAAAUGAAAGUCAUCAAUAUACUUGGACUCAUAAAUAUUAUAAAGGUUUAGGUACUUCUUCCCAAGAAGAAGGUCGUGAAUAUUUUUCAGAUUUAGAAAAACAUUUAAAAACUUUUAAUCCAUUAGAAGAAAAUGAUAAAGGUUUAAUUGAUUUAGCCUUUUCUAAAAAAAAAGCUGAUCAUCGUAAAGAAUGGUUAAGAGGUUUUGUUCCUGGUACUCAUUUAGAUAUUGAUUUAAAUGAAAUUCCAAUUAGUGAAUUUAUUAAUAAGGAAUUAAUUUUAUUUUCAAUGGCUGAUAAUAUUAGAUCAAUUCCAUCUGUAUUGGAUGGGUUUAAACCAGGUCAAAGAAAAAUCUUGUAUGGUUCUUUCAAACGUAAUUUAAAAUCUGAAAUUAAAGUUGCUCAAUUAGCUGGUUAUAUUUCAGAACAUACAGGUUAUCAUCAUGGUGAACAAUCUUUAAUCACUACAAUUGUUGGGUUAGCACAAGAUUUCGUUGGUUCAAAUAAUAUUAAUUUAUUAUUACCAAAAGGUUCUUUCGGUACAAGAAAUAUGGGUGGUAAAGAUGCAUCAGCUGCGAGAUAUAUUUAUACUGAAUUAGCUACAAUAACAAGAAAAAUUUUCAAUCAAACUGAUGAUGCUCUGUAUACUUAUGAACAAGAUGAUGGUGAAAAUGUUGAACCUACAUGGUAUUUACCAAUUAUCCCAAUGGUGCUAGUUAAUGGUGCUGAGGGGAUUGGUACUGGUUGGAGUACAAAUGUUCCUCAAUUUAACCCUGCAGAUCUUGUUGAAAAUAUGAAAAGAUUAAUGAAUAAUCAAGAAUUAUUAGAAAUGGAACCAUGGUAUAAAGGUUGGGAUGGACAAAUUCAAAAAAUUGGUCCUGAUAAAUAUAAAGUUUAUGGUAAAAUUGAAAAAUUAGAUGAUAAUACUUUAGCAAUUACUGAAUUACCUGUUAAAACUUGGACUGCUUCUGUUAAAGAACAAUUAUUAUUAGGUCUUGGUGGUUCUGAUAAAGUUAAACCAUGGAUUAAAGAUAUGCAAGAACAACAUGGUUUAGGUAUUAGAUUUAUUGUUACUUUAUCAGAUGCAGAAAUGAAAAAAUCUGAGGAAAUUGGUCUAUAUGAAAGAUUUAAAUUACAUUCUGUUAUUAAUUUAUCAAAUAUGGUUUUAUUUGAUCCACAAGGUCGUAUUAAAAAAUAUGAAACCGUUGAUGAAAUUCUAAAAGAUUUUUAUUAUGUUAGAUUAGAUUAUUAUCAACGUCGUAAAGAUAAUUUAGCAAAAGAAUUAUCAAAUCAUUUAGAAAAAUUAUCAAGUCAAGCAAGAUUUAUUAAAUUAAUUAUUGAUAAAAAAUUGAAUAUUAAUAAUAGAAAAAGAGUUGAUUUAAUUGAAAAUUUACAAGAAUUAAAUUUCCCAAAAUUUGAUAAAAAGGGUAAUCCAAUUUUCAUCAAGAAAGAUCCAGAAGAUAUCACACAAGAUCAAAUCGUUGCAGAUGAAGAUGCUGAAGAUGAUGGACUGGAUGCAGAUGCUUCAACUGUUCAUAUUAGAGAAAAUGUUUUUUCAAGUUAUGAUUAUUUAUUAGGUUUACCAAUUUGGUCUUUAACUCGUGAAAGAUAUGAAAAAUUAUUACAACAAAAGGCAAAUAAAGAAGAUGAAUUAACAGAAUUAUUAAAAUUAACUUCCAAAGAUCUUUGGAAUAGAGAUUUAGAUGAUUUUAUGAUUUCUUGGAAACAAUUUUUAAAAGAUGAUGAAUAUAAAAGAACUACUUUAGUUGUUGCUAAAAAAGGUGGUAAAGGUAAAAAAAGAUCUAAAAAUAUUUUGGAUGAUGAUGAUUGGUCUGCUGGUGGUCCAAGUAAAAAGAAGAAGAAAACUAAUAGUAAUGAAUUAAAAUUUGAUGAUAGAAAAGGUGACUUAAUUCCAAUUCCUGAUUAUGUUGCACCAAAGACUAAAGUUAAAAAGGAAACAACUCCAAAAGUUGAAGAGAUUAAACAAGAAGAUGGUUCAAGUUCCACUUCAAGUUCUGCUUCUGGAUCAAGUAGUAAAUCAUCAAGUGUUGCACCAAAAGCCACAACAUCAACAUCAUCAAAAGUUAAAAAAGAAUCAGGUCCAAAACAAACAAAAUUAAAUUUUAGUACUUUAUCUAAACCAGAAGUUCAAGAACCUGAGUUUAAAUCAGUUUUUGGUAAAGGUAAUACAAUUUUUGGUUCACCAAUUAAAAAGAAAACAGGUACUGAUGUUUAUGAUUUAGAUGCAGAUGAAUUAUCAAAUGAUAUGGAUGGUUUCAUUGGUAAAUUUGGUUCUGCAAGUAGUGCAUUUGAUAAUAAACCAAGUUCAUCUAAACAAUCAUCUUCAUCAACUACAGAUGAAGUUAUUGAACUGGAAAGUGAAGAAGAAGAAGAAGUUAAACCUUCCAAACCUGCACCAAAGAGAAGAGUUCUAAACAAAACUACAAAACCAUCAACAACAACUUCUAAACCAGCUCCAAAGAGAAAAGCUAAAGUUGUUGAAUCAGAAUCGGAAGAAGAUGAAUUUUCAGAAUCUGAUGAUGAUGUUGUUAUGAAAUCUGAUGAUGAAGAAGUUAAAGCUCCAUCUAAAAGAUCAACUCGUGGUGUUAAGAAGAGUUAUAAAGUUGUUGAAUCCGAUAAUGAAGAUAGUUUUGUCGUUGAUGAUGAAAGUGAUGAAGAUUUUGAAUAA